GUGUAAACAUGAAAUUUGGUACUAUGAAUGUGGUAUUUGUGGCAAUUUUAUGUUUACCACUUUCAUAUUAUCACUUUUCAUCUUUAUCACCAAUAAAUGAACAUUUUCAAAAAUAUAUUUUUCAUUAAGUGGUAAAAGACUAUUAUACCUUUGUUAUCUUUAAAUAUAAUAAAUCAUUAUUUAAAUAAAUAAAUAAAAUGAUUUUUUUUAUGUUUUCGAAUUUACUUUUACAAAUUAGCACUUUGUAUAAAAAAAAACGUUUGAAUUUUUUUAAUUAUUUUUUAAUUUUACUUUCAAAAUUUCUUUUUAAAACUCAAAAAUUAUGUUUGAAAAUAUUUUAAUUUUUUUUAAAAUAUUUUUUAAGUAUUCUAUUUAUAUAUUUAUAAUAAUCUUAAAUUUUACAUUCCAAAAAGCCUACCCCACCCUCAACUUUAAACCUUAACUCUAGAUUAGUUAACCUUAAAAGUAUAAGUAUCUUUUAACCUUCAUUAAAAGUGAGAAUAAAAGUGAUUAGUGUAAACAUGAAAAGUGGUACUAUGAAUGUGGUAUUUGUUGCAAUUUCUCCUAAAUUAUUGAAAUGUAUUUAAAAUUUAAUUGGAUAAAAUAAUUUAGUUGAGUGAUUAAAAUUGGAGUCAUUAGGUUUAAUAAUUAUCUUUUAUAAGUUAAAUAUUUUUGACUAAGACCAAUAAAAUAAAAUAAAAUAUAUUAGAUUUUAUUCUUAUAAAGAUAUAAAAUAUUAUAAAAUUUAUUAUUUCAUAAAAUGAAAAUUAGUUUACUAAAUUAAACUAAUUUAAAUACAACUAAAUUAGAAAAUUAAAAUAUAUUAAAGUUACAAAUGAUUACUUUAUACCUAGGGUGAUGAUUGUUUUGCUAGUUUUUAGAUUUUAGUUUUUGGUUUUUGAUUUUUAGAUUUUAGUUUUUAGAUUUUGGUUUUUAGUUUUUGGUUUUUGUAUUUGCAGUAGAUUUUAGUUUUUUCAAAAUCACGAAUGGUGAUUUUAGAUUCUGGUUUUUGGGUUUUGAUUUUUGAGUUUUUUUUAAUUUUGAAUUUUCUGUAUAUUUAUUCCUUUUUUUAAGUUUUGAUUAGUAAUUUAUUAAUUUUAGAAGUUGUCUAUUAUUUUUAAAAACUUGACUUGACUUUACAUAAAACUAGUUUUAAUUAUUACUUUUAUUUUAUUGACAAGUUUUUUAAAAAUGUUAUCUACAAAGUAUUAUUUUGGUCAUAAAGUCUUAUAGUUUAUAAACAUAAAAUAGUAUAAUGAUGAAAAUUAGUUUUUCUAAAUAAUACAAAAAUUAAUUAACAGUAAUAUUUACGUAUUAUUUAAUAGUUAACUUUUAUUAUUAAAUUUAUUUUAUUAAUAAGUUUACAAUUGUAUAUGGGUUAUAGUGUAUUUCAGUAUAGUAAAGCAAAAUAUUUUAUGAAGAUCAAUUUGUUAUAAAAAAAAAUCAAUUUUUAUUAGGUAAAAUAUCAUUCACAGUAUACUAAUUUUAUUAUAUUUAAUAUUAGUUUCAAUUAGCGUAGAUAUAUAAUUGAUCCUUAACAGUAAAAUUAUUCUUUUCCUAUAUUAAUGGGGUUUUUUGUAAACACUUUUUUUGAAAACUCCUAUAUUAUGGGUUAAUAUAGAAAAUAAUAAAAAUAAAUAAAAACUCAAAAGCCAACGUAAAUAGUCAAAAACCAUUGUUUUUGGUUUUUAUGUUAAAAAAACAGUUAUUUGAAAAAACUAGUUUCUCUACAUUUUAGGGAAUCCAUUCUUUGAAAAUCUUGAUUGGGUGUAAAAUGGAUUUUGAAAAAAACAAAAACCAAAAACUAAUCUAAAAACUACAAACAAUCAAGAAUGAAUUAAAAAUAAAUAUAUUAUAUAUUUUGAAGAGUUAUUAUUUCAACGCCAUAGCACAUGAAACCAUUUUGUUGUUGUUGUUGUUUUUGUUUGUUGUUUGUUUAAGAAAAAGUAAAGAGAGAGAAAAAAUCCUCCGACCUCUCUCUAGAAAAGAUUUUUGGAAUCGCGAUCUCCGACCGGCGGUGUGGUUUCUCUGUACCACCGUCGGUCGGGAAAAGUUGUUUUAUGGCGACGUUUAAUCUUCGAUUCUCGUGUUCUCUUCCCGGCAUGGACGGCUCCGGCGGUGUUGCAUGUCCGGCCCCUGCUCCGGUGUCGCAUCUUUCGAUUGAUGGGCGACCGGCUUUGACUCCGGAGACCACACCUUCUUCUUCGGUGAUGGUCUGUCGGCACUUAGCUUUUCUGUUAGUGUUGGUUGUUUUAUUUCUGGGUUUAAUCGGUCUUUGCUUGAUUUCUUUAAUCCGUGGGGCUGGUUUUAAUCUCGGAUUUGGUGGCUUGGAGGCUGUGGAUGAGAUCUCGAAUUGAUCGAUGAUGCUCUCCGCUUAAGGAUUCCAGGCACUGAAGGGUUGUGAUGCAGUUUCUAGUUUCCGGUGUGUUUACCGGCGCCGUUUAGUUUCUCCGGCGUGCUCUCUAGGGGUGAGGAAAGUGGAAGGCCUGGAUGACGCGUGUACCUCGUUUGGUUGAGGGCUAACCACGUGUCAUAUUCUCGAUAAGAAUCUCGACGUAUGUUUGUCGAGUGUUGUUGUUUGGUCAACGUUUAGUGUUACUGGGCUUCGAAGCCCAACUGUUAUCUCUUUUACUUUGUGCUAUAGUUUAAGUUUUGUAUCAGUUGUAUGUUUUUUGAAUGGCCCUUGUACUAUGUGGGCUUUGGCUUUUUAAUAAAAUAAGAUGGCAAAAAAAAAAAAAAAAAGAAACCAUUUUGUUUAGGAUAUAAUCAUAUAAGCUAAGAGUUUUGUAAAUACAGAACUACGGAGAGUAGGUUUUACAGAAGGUAUUCCGUAUUUCAUAGUUUCCUAUUUAUAAAAAUAAACCUUAUUUUGUACAGAGAUAUACUUAUGUCUUUAGUCAUGUACUUCGUCAAUUUUCAUGGUACGGGUAUGUAUAUAUAUAUAAAGAAAUUAAUUUCUUUUUCUAUCAAGCCAAGAUUUAAAACAAUUAGUCAAUUACAGAGAAUUGGUCAAGCAUAAUACAUUUAACCACUUGUCAAACAAUAUAUGACCAUUUCUAUGCAAGAUAUUUAAUAUGGUUUGAAUUAAUUAGUAAACUUAUAAUUCUGGUCGCAUGUAAUUUGUGGUAACUAAACGAUUAAUAGCAAAGAUAAGUCAUAGCCACACAGUUCUUAUAUAAGGACACAUUAAUUAGAUAAACGUGAAGUUGCCCCCAAUAAAAGUUGAAUGUGAAGUUCUCAACCUCUAUAAUAUCCCGCAAUUUAACAUCAGAUUGUCAGAUGGGUCUUCUCCUUGUUUGAACUGCGUAUACCUGAUCUUGUCAUUUCAUUUUCGAUAUAUAUAGAGAGAGGGAGAGAGUGUGAAAAUGGUGGGGCAAUGGUGGAAAGAAGAUGAUGAAAAGGUGGUGAUCCGAUGCUACAAUGAUCGUAGGGACAGAACUGAAAUGGAUUGUGUGGAAAAAAGUUGUGAGAUUGGUAACGACCAAACUUUUCUCUUCACAGACACAUUAGGCGAUCCCAUUUGCAGAAUCCGGAACACUCCUCGCUUCAUUAUGCUGGUGGCAGAAGUUAGGAACAAGCUGGUUGGUUCCAUACAAGGGUCGGUAAAGCCAGUUAAGUUGCAAGAUAAGUCAGUGAAUGUGGGUUACGUUCUUGCUCUUAGAGUCAUGCCGCCGUAUCGACGCCAUGGCAUUGGUUCGAUUCUCGUGAGAAAGCUUGAGGAAUGGUUCAUGUCUCACAAUGCUGACUAUGCUUACAUGGCCACCCAAAAGGACAAUGAGGCCUCUCUCGGUCUCUUCGUCGGAAAACUUGCCUAUGUCAUCUUCAGAAACCCGGCAAUUCUGGUUAAUCCGGUAAACCCCAGAGGUUUGAAACUACCUUCUGAUAUUGGAAUAAGGAAGCUAAAGGUGAAAGAAGCUGCGUCAUGGUACCGGAAACACGUAGUAUCAAAGACAGAUUUUUUCCCGGACGACAUAGUCAAAAUCUUGCGGAACAAGUUAAGUAUAGGGACAUGGGUAGCUUAUUACAAGAACAACGACAAGAUCAUAAGUUGGGCUAUUCUUAGUGUAUGGAACAGUAGCAAAGUAUUCAAACUUAGGAUUGGCAAAGCUCCUUUGAGCUUUGUGAUUCUCACCAAAGUUUGCAACUUCAUCGGUAGAUUCUUGCCGUUUUUAGGCUUAACGGCGUUGCCAGAUCUGUUUACGCCGUUUGGGUUCUAUUUCCUUUACGGUGUGCACGCGGAAGGUCCGUUACGUGGGAAACUCGUUAGGGCAUUGUGUGAGCACGUUAGUAACAUGGCUGCUUUAGAUGACGGUGGGGAGUGUAAGGUCGUGGUGGUAGAGGUCGACGGAGAAAGCAACGGCAGUGAUUAUUCUCUGAGGAGAUGUGUUCCUCAUUGGAAAAUGCUUUCGUGUGAUGAUGACACAUGGUGCAUCAAACCGUUGAAACGUGAAGAGAAUACGACUAGUUUGAAUGACUUUACCAAUAUGUUCCUGAAUUCAAAAUCGCGCUGUCUCUUUGUGGAUCCAAGAGAUGUGUAGUUAAGCUAGCUAGGAAAAUUGGCUGCAUGUUUGGCUGAUAACUUACAGAAUAGAAAAAUAUAUGAAAUUAUUUCGCUAUCUCGUAAAUUAUACUAAUGACAUAAUAUUAAUGAUGCUACUCCAUGACAUUAUGGUCUUUAAUCAGAUGCUAAACGCGCUUGAAUGGCAACCGCCAAAUGCCCAACUGUCGAAAGCAUACAAAAUUAACACUCAUCAAUCAACAAAACACAAUCAAACCCCAUCGACUCACAAAACGUUAAGAUCUUUAAUCUAUGAAUCCAAGACAUCUUGUGGGGUUCGAGUUCUUCUCUGCAUUUUGUUUGGCGCAUGACAUCGCGGGAGAAAUGGACCCUAGUUAAUUAUUAUUUUUGUCUUGAUUCGAGAACAAAGGUGUGAUAGUUUAGGUAAUCAUCGUUCUCCAUAUAAAAUCUGAAAAAGAUUUCCUCAAGUAGGUGCCACCAUUUGUUGUCCUUGGCAUUCUUAUUAUCUAGUUUGAGAGCUGUAAAGUAGUUAAAGAAUAGUCAUUUUCCAUAUGUAUUUUAUUUAAUGAAUAAAUUUUGUUUUGAAUCA